GGUGAGCUGCAGAAAGCUGCUGUGCUGUGCGCUGUAGUUUGAAAGUCUUAGUGAAGCGACUUAAAACGGCAUCGGUGGUAUAAAUAUCCAGCUUUAACCGGAUUAAAGAGAGAGCAAUUCCUUUCCUGAGAAAGUGAGCUCAAGGAGAAGGAGGGAGGCAGAGAGAGAGAGAGAGAGAGAGAGAGAGAGAGAGAGAGAGAGAGAGAGAGAGAGAGUAAGUGAGUGAGUGAGUGAGUGAGUGAGGGUAAAGAGAGCAUCAGAGAAAGAACCACUGGAGGACGCGUGUGUGUCAACACACUCUGACAGGAGUCUGGUGUGAUCACAACUGUGAAUGCACACAUCCUCACACACAGAGCAGAGGCACAAACUGGACAGUUUGUCGGAGUCACAGUGAACCCACUGGACAGCGGUAGAUUGACCUUAAACCAGCUCUGAAAGACACAGUGCAACACGGGACUCUGAGACGAGACGAGAGAGUGAGUGAGGCAGAGAGAGACAUCAGUCACGGCCCUGGACAACUUCCCGCCUGUUUUCGUCUGAAGCUCGGGCUGAGAGAGCACAACGCAUUAAAAAUACAUGUCCCACAGGAGAGCUCGGGCCAGCACACAUACACAAGGCCAUAAAUCAAUACCUGAGGACCAUGAAUUCUUCAUCAUCACUUUCCCUUCCAGCACCCAACUGAAGAAGUAGCGAAGAGACCGGCUGACCAAAGGAUUUCAGGUUUCAGGCUACCCUGAAAACAUUCUGCAGAACUGAGAAGAGAAGCAAAACAACAAAAAUACAUAUUGUUUUGCUUCUUACAGCAUUUGUGCAGCUCAUAACGCUUUCAACAGCCUGUCACUGGUCUUCAAGGGCAUCUUAUUUGCCCUGAUUUUUGUUUGCUGUUUUUCUGAUCCAGCAUCCCCAAAGCAAGUUUUUGUCGUACCAAAUGUAUAUUCCCCCCAGCCCUGAUCAUUUUUGUGAGUUAUUACCAUUUCUGUCAUAAUUAUCUGCUUGGAAUUCAAAAGUUGUGCACUCUGACCACAGAAGCCCAUUAUAAUAAAUUUUGAUUAGCAGUUGGAACAGACAGUCAGCUUGAGCCCUUUAGGGAAGCUGGCAGUUGAAUCUCUCUUCUACUCUUUCCCAUCCUGAAGAUAGCAUGGAAUGAUGAAAGGGUGAGUUUUCAGUGCUAAUCAAGGCUUUCCGUCACUGAAAGUGACUUCCAUUUUUCCCUCCAUGCAAAGCAAAGCACAUUAGCAUAUUUAUCAGAUACAGAAUCCUCCCAUCAUGGGAAAAUGUGUGUGCCAGGCCCAGUGUUCGACCAACACGGCCCGGAACAAAUAGCUCCUGACAUGUGAAGAGAGCGAAACCUGCAAGAGCUGGAGGAGCUUAAAAACACGACGGAAACAGCCGCUCUCCUGACGCAACCUUGGUGGGCUGGAGAAGAGGCGAGGGAGGGAGGGAAGGGGGGUCAGGGCUUUCGUAGGCCUCCGCUACCCCUCCCCUUUCAUGAUUCAUGCUUGUAUCUGCGGUCUAAGAACAAGCGAUGGAAUAAAGCAAAAAUUAAAAAAUUGGAUUAGAGAUGGAUUAUUGUUGCCACUAAGGCCAGUGCAGAAUAAAGCUGGACACUGCAUUCAAGGGAGCUUUUGUCGCUCAGCGUAAAUUGUUCUGUUAAUGCGGUUGCUUCCUCUCCAUCUGCACCCCUUAACACAGAAUGGAGAGUCAGGAUGAACUGGAACACCCACUCUUGGCCAUAAGCCCCAAGCACUCAACCGAAAUGGGUGGACUCUUCAAGGGUGCUUUGGUGAGACGUGAAGAGGAAAAAAGAGCGCCCCCACUGACAUGGGGGAGCUACUGCACUUCCACAGACCAACAGCAACAGCAGCAGCAACAGCUGCUGGACCCAGGUUCCCUACCCAGUACCCUGGAGUCCCUUUACCCUCCUGCUCCUGUCUGGGGCCCUGCAGACUCCCUUGGUCUCCACACCAAGGAGUACCUUGAAACCACGUUUGUGGACAUUGGUCCUGGGUCGCCUCUGGAGCGGAAGCUGCUGGCAGAAACCAGAGACAUUCACAGCGUGUCCUACAGCAUGGAGGACGAGGAUGACCUGCUGCCGGAUUUUGAGGACUCCUCCAGUGACGACUUCAGUGACACGGACAGUGAAAGCAACUUUCCACUCAUGAUCCCACAGGACUACCUGGGCCUGGCCUUCUUCUCCAUGCUCUGUUGCUUCUGGCCUCUGGGCAUCGCUGCCUUCUACUUGUCUCAGAAGACCAAUAAAGCAUCGGCACAGGGGGACUUCCAGGGGGCCAGCACGGCGUCCCGUCAGGCUCUGUGGCUCUCUGUCCUCUCUAUCGUCUUCGGCAUCAUCACCUACAUCUGCGCCAUCGCCGCGCUCAUCUCCUACCUGUCUGGGAAACCACCUUAAGGACCUGCCACUUUUGAAAGCCCCACCCCUUUUACAGUGCUCAUGACGACACGAUAAUCUCAUAACAUUAACUCACAAAUAUUCACCUUCUAACAACUGGCUUUUAUUCCAACCAAGCAGUGCUUACAUCUUUUCACCAAGCUUCCUGCGGAGGUCUAAAGAGUCUUAAGGGAUGAGUACGACUGCUGGGAACAGAUCGCAGGAGAAAUAUUACAAAUUGAGAGAAAGGGUGUAAAAAAAAAUUGGCUCGGCACUACACUUGGAGAGAGACAAACAUAGCUUCAUGUUUUCACACUCAGUUCUGGCUGAAAUCCCCUUACAUCCCCACACCAAUGACACAGUGCCGCUGAGCAAAACCAGCUUGCACAGGUAAGCGAGUCUGUCUCCCACGUGAUUUGGUGGGGCCUGAGGGUUUGUUUGAAGGCCUUGACAAGGACAACAAGACUUUUUUUGCACUGCAGUGGAAACAGCAGGACCCAGACUGGAUUUAUAGAAUCAUCAUUUCCCAUAAUCCUCAUGCCCGAAGCAAACUGAGCUGCAGUUAGAGCCAGAGAUUUCAAAAAUACAGAAACUACAGUUAACACUAUUAAAUUAUAAAACAUGGAAGCUACAGUUGAAGUUAGGACUGAAUUCGUGCAGAAAUACAAAACUACAGUUAAAAGUACAGUUUAAUUCAUUUCUGUCCAAGAACUAAAUUCAGAGUGAGAAGCAAAAAAUUCCAAACAAGUUGAUCUGAUUGAUCUAAAGUGAAGAAAAUUUGGAUGAACAUCUAACAGUGGCCAUUUGAUUUUAUUUAUUUAUUUUUUUCCCAUUUAUUUUUAAUACUUUAUUUUCAAUGGAUUUUGGGUAUUUUAAAUGUAGUCUCAAGAAAGGGUAGCUAAAAGUUAAAAGCAGUCUUAUGUCAGCUGAAUUUAAUAAGACAUAUUAAGUGAUACAACCUACUUUUUUGCCAUAUGUUUUGAUCAAUUCACAAAAGUUUUUUUUUUCCUAAACCUGAAAACUAUUUUAUUAAACACUAAGUUACAGUUAAGGCUUUGAUUUAAUUGAACACGGAAAUGAAAACUACAGAAACAAUGAAACUACUGUACUAACUAAUGAAGCUACUGUAAAAACUGAAGCCCAACACUGAGGUUGAAGUUAUGAUUUCACUAAAAACUACUAGAAACUACAGAAAUAACGGAAAGCUACUGUAAAAGCUUCAGUGUUGGGCUACGUUGAAGCCUUACACUGAAAGCGAAGCUACAAUUUCAUUAAAUAUAGAAACGCUGCAAUGGAAACUGCAUAAUAAUAACAACAAAAAAAACAAACAAACAGAACAGCUACAUUUUUUAUUAAACACAAUAGUUACAGUUAAAGCUACAAUUGAAUGAAACACUAAAGCUAGUCAUAUCUAUGCUUUUGUUAAAUACAGAAUAUACAGUUAAAUUUCCGUUUUUAUUAGACAUGGUUACCUAGGAAUAGUUCUACUCUCCACUGUCAAGAACAGGUGCCAAAAUGUUCCCAGUGGUCCAUAAAUAAAUCUACCAAAAACAAAACUGCAAAUAAAGUAACAGUAAACAGGCAGCAGACGAAACAGUACGUCCCUCAGCAGGUACAGGUGUAACUGUUUCUAAGUAAAGACAUGGAAUGGAAACUUUGAAAUGUGGCAAAGACUGAACACACACUCACAGCGUGGCUUCCACUAUGAGUCACGCCAUUAAGAGACGCCUCUCCAGCAGGUCUCUCUCUCUGCCACGACUAAAAUAGCACUCCGUUUUCCCACCUAAUAACACCAAAACAUAUGCAGCAGGGGGGUCUACUGCAGUCAGUGUCACCUCACAUAGUCCAGUGCUGAAGCUUUUCCAGUGAGCUGAAAAUGGUCACACACUCAAACAACGUCCCUUUGCCUGGAAAAUGAGCUCAAGAGUGAUGAAGAGUAUCUGCUUGCUUGCGUGGCUGCUGAGCCUGAGCUGCAUCUGUUUGAUUGAGGGCAUGCACUGAGAUUAUGAAAUCUACUGGGGUAAAAGGGAAUUCCAGGCCACAAACCUUGCAGUCAUAGCUGAUUCCUAAUGCCAUCAUUGCUAAGCUGGGGUCAGAGACUUUACACUACAUCCCUACAUUCUUAACGCGUCUAUCUGCAUGGGGAUUCUGAACAAAUGGCUGGACCACAAAAAGACCUCAGGGGCAGCUGGAGUGCCGUCAUGUUGCAAUCGCCCAUCAAUCACUGCAUAAAAUGACACUGGAUGAAUGAAGUGCGCCAGAUAAGAGGAGUUUACCAGUGAAGGGAACCACAAUACCGUUCAUUAUAGUUUAUACAAUGAACUCUGUUACUACAAUGUUCUGCUGUUUGCUCGAGACUGUUGUUUUUGCUUUUGUGUCUGUGUAUAAGAUGGAAAUUUUUUUUUCUAAACCUCACAAAAACACUGAUUCUUUGAUUAUUAUCCAAUUAACACGUCUGGGUAUCCAUAGUGCAAAUGCUUACACUCAUUACAAACGGGGCCUGGUGCUGGAUCAACAUCUUAUCACAAUAGCAUUUUCAGUUCAGUUUGAUAUUCAUUUAUUCCUAAUGCUUAAUCUAAAGCCUGACCAAUCAUUUGAACCCUGAGGAAAACAAAAUGCUGGUUCUGCGUUUCAAGAAAAGCAAACAGUUCCAUACAGCAGUGGACAUGUGGUCUUUUCUGCCACCAUCUCCUUUUGUUCCGAGCCAGUUUUACUCUCCAUUAUUUCACCAACUAAAAUAGCUUGCCCUCUAAAGGCCGGGCCCAAAAUUGACACUAGCAGUUUUGUGUACUUGUGCAUGCGUUCAUGUGCUUUCCAGUUACUGUCAAAGUGUAAUUCUAAAAUGUGCAAAAGCACAGCAAGACACCAUUAAACACAUCAUUUCCCAAAUACUGCAUCAAAGUAUAUACAAUCGUACUCACGACCCUGGUGAGAUUUCAUGUUUUGUUGGUUGGUUUUCUGAGUGAAAGUAAGUUGGCAUGUCAUCUACAAACAACACACAAAGUAUAAAUAUGCCAUUAUUUUUGCACACACAUUUUUCCCUCCAUUUAAAAAGAAAAUGGGUUAAAUAGAUGUAAAUGCAGUAAAAUGUGCAGUGUGUGUCUUCUGUGUAGAUGAUGUGUUAACAUAUUUUCACUGGCAAAUAACAAAUCAUGUAAUUUAAUCAGGGGCUAUACCCAAACUUUUGCAUAGAACUAUAUCUGUUGCCACAAUAUGUUCUUUCAGAAGUACCCAGGAAGAUCAGCAACAGUCUAGGUGCUUGCGCAUGGACAGGCCAUACUUCUCAUAACGGUCACACCAGAGGCAGUUUAAUGGGAGCCUGGCCACUUCCUGUUUCUCCCAUUAUAUCAAACAAAUAACUGCAAAAUGUUAGCGGGCACUUGUGAGUCCUCAGCUGAGAGGGGUGAAUGGAGGUAAACAGCUAAAAAUAAAACACAUUUCUAGUCUUUUUUAAGGGAACCUUAUGUAAUUUUGGAAAGUAGAAAGAUGAAGGGUUGAUUUUACAAAAAAUAAAAAAUAAAAAAAAAGAACUUAACAGCAUUUUUCCAUUUUCCUACAGCAAACAGGGCUUGUAAUGUAGGAUGCUAGCAUUACUGCUACUAAGCACUGGUUGGUUAGCAAGCUGAUCAGCUCAUUGGCAGAGUAAAGCAGUCCAAGUGGUUCAGUGAUAUCACAAAUGCAUAUGACUGGAGUUCAAAAGUCUUUCCAACAGUCUCUUGGGAAAUUGGGCAUUUUUUUGUUUUACAAAUAUAUUAUGGCAUGUAGUUUUUCAGAGAUAUCCUGGGCAUAGUUACAGUUGCCAGGCCAUGAAGGACCAACUGCGUGAACAAAAUUGCUACAGCGCCACCCUGAGGCAGUCCAGUGCUGCAGUUCCAGUUAAGUCAACAUUAUCAAAGACAGAAGCUCACCAUUGUGGGAGAAGCAGCUAAGCAAUGAGCUUUUCCCUAUCAGACAGUGUGACAUCAUAACACAUUUACUUUCAGGGACCACCCCCCAGAAUUUUGAGGCAUUCAGGGGUUGCAUUUUGCACCUUGACUGAGAUACGUAACCCAUGUCUCUAAAUACUCUAAACUGAACACAGAUCUUCCUUAAAACCGUCUCUUCUACUUCAUCUACGCUGACUGAAGUGUAUUUCACAGGUGAUGUCAAUAAUGGAUCACAGCUUUCACUGGUCAGAGUCUCUAAUAUGCAUUUGUAUCAUUUUUCUAUACUCAGUACUUGUAUAUCCCAUCUAAAAAAAUACUCAAACAACAUCAAUUCAGAAGGAAAAAAUCAUCCUUUAUGCUACUGUCAGAACAGGGUAUGGCACUUACAAACCUCCUCUGCUGACUUAAAGGUUAAAAUAUCAACUUUUGAAAGAGAUACAAGCCAUAAAGCAGUGGUCAAGCAAAACUGCCCUGGCAGGUGCUUUCAGAGUCCACCGAAUCCCCCCCCACCAGCAAAGAACUGGGUCAUAUCACUGGGGGGGGUGAUAUGUUACUUCUACGUCUAGCGGACCAAUCAUGCACUGGAGAGGAGAGAUAACACAGCAUACUAUUGCAUCUGUGUUACAGUAGAGAGCAUCACGCUGUCAAUUACAGCUGCAGUAAACAGGUCGAGGUGCUUUAUGCACGGCCCCGAGAAAAGCCUCCAUGCAACUCAUCCAUGUAGCCUGCUUCACACACCCUGUGUAAAUGCUGAUGUACAUAAUAAGGAUUCCUGGAUCUAAACCAAUAAAUGCACUUGAGUUGAUGUUUAA